AAAUUUGUUAUUAUAGCAAUCCUAUAGGGCGCACUGCGGACCAGCAUCAAGUCCACAUGCAAUGAGGCGAAGGAGGUGCGGGACCCAACAAGAAAAAAACCCGAAGUUGACGUACAGCGGGUGCGUAAGUCCCUGGAUCCAGAUGGUUGAUACACGGCCCUGGCUCCACGGGUGGGCGUAGUGAGGUUUAGCAUAAAAGGCUGACGCAUCCGUAGGCUAGCCUCAGACACCAUCACAACCCCUCUACCAACGAGACGAGGUCUGUAACUUAUGGGAGCAGUUUCCCCGUUUGUUCUCAAAGCUCGACUUCGUCUCAGAUCCACCGUGAAGCCAACCCGUUCAUCAAUACCAAUCAUCCAAGAUUUGCAGUUCGUCGAGACACCCCUUUGUCCCACGAAGGCAGUUUACAAAACAGGAUGGCCCAGAGGAGCAGAAUGCAGCUGCUGAGCUUGCUUCUGGUUGUUGGGAGCUUCCAGGUUGAGGUGAUCGCGGCUUGCGGUGGCGAGGAGAUGGCCAAUUAUCGGCUGGAGUUCCAGGGGCUCUGGAGCGAACGGACUUUUCCAAAGAGCUUCCCAAAAUACCGCAAGAACGCACAGUGGUCCACGUUAAUCGGGGUCUCUCACAAUGACCAAUACAGCAUGUGGGAGCCAGGUCGGUCGGCCAGCGUUCCCUUCAAAGACUUUGCUGAGGGUGAGGAUCCAUCAGGCAAAGGGCUACAAAUUGAGAUGGUGAAUCUUCCAAAUGGGUUUGUCUUUGCAGCCAAGUCACUAAGCACUGGUACUGGGAGGUCUGUCACUACAGUGUUUGUGCAUCGAGACCAUUCAAAGAUAUCUUUGGCCGUGGGGCUUAUCCCAAGUCCAGACUGGUUUGUAGGCAUUAGUGGCCUAGACCUUUGUGAGGGAGGCUCUUGGCGCAAGGACCCCCUGCAGCUAGAUCUGCAGCCCUGGGAUGCCGGCACAGACGGUGGCUUCUCCUUCACCUCCCCAGACUAUGUCAGCAACCCCCAGGAGCCCAUCACCCAGAUCACAGCCCAGUACCCCAACCACCCAGCAAACUCAUUCUUCUACCCGAAGCUGGAGGCACUGCCGCCCAUUGCCCGAGUGACACUGGUGUGGCAGCAGGCAGGCAAUGAGGACAGCUCUUGGAUGGGCAAGCUGGUACCAGGGUUAGGCAAGGCAGGCAGGCGGGACUCUAAUGAAGACAUUCAGAUGCCGGGGGACAGUCCGGAGAAUGUCUCUCCAGGGAUAGACCUCCCUACAGAGCCAGAGAUAGUGAUUCCCUACGACUGUGAGGUCACGCCUUGGGGUUCCUGGAGUCCCUGCGACACACUCUGCAAGGUUGGCCUGCGACGGCGCUUCCGGUUGAUCAUCCAGCGGCCAAAGAAUGGUGGGCAGGACUGCCCGGACCUGAUCACUGUGGAAGCCUGCCAAGCCAAGCUAACCAAGCCACAGAAAAAGUGUUCCAAAGCCCGCAUCAAGAAGGAGACCAAAAAAUACAUGAAGAUCCAGAGACGAAACUACAUGGGCAAAAAGAAGCGCAACAGGUUUAUCGCCUAAAAACCGAGAGAACAUAUAUUUGUAGAGCUUUUGCCAUCAUAUUUGGACAGCUUUGGUCUGGUAGCUUUUAAAUUAGGAACAUAAUAACUGAGACGCAAGUGGAAAAUAAUGAACACCUCAGAGGUAUAAACAAAAUUGACCCAUCAACAUUUUCAAUAUUAAAUUUGCACUGAUGUACAGGAUGCACACGGGGAUAUAUUGGAGGAAGGAUAUGGAAUUUUAACUGGACUUAAAAACACAAAAGUAGCGUGCACCAUGUAAGCUUUUAAUCCCUUGAUGCACAACUAUCGAAGCUCCAGUAGAUGUUUUUGUUUUGUUUUUGUCUUUCUGCAAAUUAUAAACCAUUGCAAGGCCCCCUCAUUAAUAUUAAACAGUUUUGGAAUAAUUGGUGACUGCACUGAAACAUCCUUGUUAUAAAUAGACCUACAUGUUGCCCUUGCAAAGAUAAAGAUGUACAGAAAAAUGUGUAAAUAGAUGUAUAUUCUUGAAAUGUUUAUCCCAUAUUACUAUGAAUGACUUGGCUCAAUGAAACAAAAGGUGAACUACCACACUGCACACUAUUGCACUAGAGCAUCCCAUUCAGGUGAGAUCAGUAAGCAGUACUACAUUUACAAACAAUUAUAGAAUCUUCUGCUGAAACCACAGGUAGUUGUACUUCAUAUGAAUUUUUAUUUAUGAACUCUUCACUUUUUGGUUGAAGACUUUUUUUAAAACAAGAAACCCUCUCUGCACAUGCCAAAUCAUCCGUACAAAUACUUUAUCUAUACCCAUACUGUAUAAUAUAUACAGUAAAAAGUAGGUGAGGUUUGUCAAAUACUUGUCUAAACUACUCCAACAAAACUUACAAUAAUCCAUUUAAUAUAAAUACGAAACAAAGACUGAAAUGGGGAAAUAAACAAUUGUUAUAAAAUAUGUACAAAGGCUUAUGCCACAGCAUUUCUGUUUUUUUAAAAAGGUUCAAAAUCUGGCAUUGUCAAAUUCAGUUUUUUAAUGGAUUAAAAUAUGUUGAGUAUAGUUGUUUGACAUUAUUGACGAUGUAGCUGAUAUUUAAAUAUUUAAAAGUAUUUACCGAGUACCAGUUAACCCUGUUGGAGAGCACAGCAAGCAGGUUUCUUUACCUGGUGUUCUCACAUAUUUUGUCUUAAAAGGUUUAAAGUUUGCUUCCUGGUAUGAAUCAGGUUAUUUGGGGUCCCAAGCCGAAACAAGUCCAAAUAUGUGAGGCCAAAGUUGUUCUUAAAAAAGAAAAAAUACUAAAUGAAACAGAAGUGAUAAACUGCCACACUGUCUGAAGUCCCUAAUUUCCCCGUUCCACAAAGUGGAUGGAGAGUAGAGGUACAUGCUGUGGACAUCAAUAGAACCCAUGCAGUAUUUGCAUUGUAUAUAGAUAAAUGGCUUUCAGUAAAUUGUAAAUAGGUGUAAUAAAGGAACCCCUGCUACUGUAAAAAAAGAGCUAUUUUUUUCUGUCCACUCUGUUGCAGAAAAGAACACAAGUAGUUUGCUUGUAAACAGAAGUUACUCCAAUUCCCCAUCACCUAAAGCAAUUCACAAGACCAACCCCCCCCC